CUGCUGAAUAACAUUAUAAGAAUAAAGAAAAAAUAUUGUCAUCAAGAUGAAGUGUUCUUCCUACAUCUGUGUUGUUAUGGUAACCCUCGUGGUGUUUGGACUGAACGAGGCCGCUCCACAAGUGAGGAUUCUGUUGAAAGUGUCGAAUCAGUUGAGAAUGCCGAAUCUGUGGAAAGUGCCGAAUCUGCAGAAAGUGCCGAAUCUGUCGAAAGUGCCGAAUCUGGAUCCGGUGACUCUAUGAACGAAGAACCCCAAGUUGACAAUUUGCAAAGAAAAAAACGUCAAGCUACAUCCAGUGACAGUGAAAGUUCUGGAUCUAUUGAAAGUGCCGAAUCUGCAGAAAGUGCCGAAUCUGUCGAAAGUGCCGAAUCUGGAUCCGGUGACCCUGUGAACGAAGAACCCCAAGUUGACAAUUUGCAAAGAAGAAAACGUCAAGCUUCAUCCAGUGACAAUGAAAGUUCUGAAUCUAUUGAGAGUGCCGAAUCUCCAGAAAGUGCCGAAUCUGUCGAAAGUGCCGAAUCUGGAUCCGGUGACCCUGUGAACGAAGAACCCCAAGUUGACAAUUUGCAAAGAAAAAAACGUCAAGCUACAUCCAGUGACAGUGAAAGUUCCGGAUCUAUUGAAAGUGCCGAAUCUGCAGAAAGUGCCGAAUCUGUCGAAAGUGCCGAAUCUGGAUCCGGUGACUCUAUGAAUGAAGAACCCCAAAGUGACAAUUUGCAAAGAAAAAAACGUCAAGCUACAUCCAGUGACAGUGAAAGUUCCGGAUCUAUUGAAAGUGCCGAAUCUGCAGAAAGUGCCGAAUCUGUCGAAAGUGCCGAAUCUGGAUCCGGUGACUCUAUGAACGAAGAACCCCAAAGUGACAAUUUGCAAAGAAAAAAACGCCAGGCUACACCCAGUGACAGUGAAAGUUCUGAAUCAGUCGAAAGUACUGAAUCAGUAGAAAGUGCCGAAUCCGUCGAAAGUGCCGAAACUGCUGAGAGCAGCGAAUCUGGAUCGGGUGACGUCACUGAAGGUUCAUAAGAUACCAUCGAAUCUCAAUUAAUAUAGACUGAGUUAGUGUCUCCAAAAGAAAACAUUUAACGACCAUACUCACUUUUAUAUGAUCUGAACAUAAUCUAAAUGCGUUCAUGAUGUUAACUUUGAAUGAGGUGAAAGCCAUUGCUCAUAUUUACGCUAUAAUUAUUUUUAAGAGGAAUUAGUCAGGGUAAUUAAGGUUUAAUUAUAUGUUUAUUUCAACAAACCAUGUUUACGAUGUUUAAUUGUAAUUUGUUAUUUACAUUUUUGCAGGAGAAUAAUUAGUGUUUACACGCAUUUUUGGAUACUGUGCAAUAAAUAUUUAAAAUCUCA